AUGGACGCUAUCAUCAAAACUUUCGCUCCACUCGCAAUAAAAGAAGUUACAGCAUAUCUCUCGAAGAGAUCGACUUCUCCAACGACUGAAUUAGCCAAGGCUGCUGCUGAAGGAAACACCAAUGUAGUCAAAAGUAUUCUAUCCCAAGAUCAUCAAAUAGAUCUGGCACCAGCACUCGUCGCGGCUUCUAGCGCGGGGAAAAUGGAGGUUCUUGAUAUUCUCAUAGAUCCUCCACGUCUUUCACGAUCAGGGAAUUCCCGGCACAAGGAAAAAAUAGAGCGAACUGACGUGAAUGUGUGGUCGCAACAUAUUACACCUCUAAUAGCUGCGGUACAAACACACCAUGUGAAAACGACAGAAUUAUUAUUGGAUGCUGGAGCCGACACUUCGAUUGCACCAGAAGGUGGGGAAACUGUUCUUCAUAUUGCAGCUAGAAUGGGAGAUUUAGAGAUGGUGAAACUAUUAGUAGAAUUUGAAGCGGAUUUGGAGGCCAGAGAAGGUUGGGGUAAUACACCAUUGCUCUCUGCAUCUAGAUGGGGUCACCCUCACACCAUCAAAUUUUUGCUAGGAAAAGGAGCAGAUAUCGAAGCCACAGAUGUGAAGGGUUCAACGGCAUUGCUGUUGGCGUGCAGACAUGAUUGUGUUGAGGCCGUGAGGGUUCUGAUAAAUAGUGGUGCAAACGUGAGAGUUCGAGAUAAAAAAGGAAGAAGUGCAUUGCAUCGAGCCAUCGCUGGAGUUGACUUCAUUGAGGGAAUAAAUGCCAAGGUGAAGGAAGACAUGGUAAGAAUGUUGAUAAAUGCAGGUGCAGAUCCAAGGGUUAGAGAUAACGAAGGAAAACGACCUGGUGAUUUGGUGGGGUUUUUGAGAGGUGGAGAACGAGUGAAACGUUUGUUGAGACCUGGAAGCGCACCACAUUCAAGAGAAAGGACACCAGCGCACAGCAGACAUGGGAGCCGAACAGGAUCACCUUAUGUUAAUGGGUCUCGAAAUUCUCACGACAUUAGUCGCGGUGCUAGGAGAGAUCGAAAUCCGUCGCCUUUGGUCGGGGAUAUGAUGGAUGGCUAUGAUCGGGAUUAA